GGGGGGGCUCAGCACAUGGAGACCGAUUUUUCCCCGGGGAGCGGGGGGGUCCUGCCGCCGGUUCCGGCUCCAUCCCGCCCCCCCGGCCCCACCCCCGGCCCCACCCCCGGCCCCACCCCCGGCUCCCGCCCGGGCUCCGGCUCCGGCUCCGGCUCCGUGCGCGGCUCCCCGGGGGUGCCGGCCCAUGGCGGGGCGCUGACCCCCCCAGCAGAGCCGGGGCCGAGCGGGGCCCCCCCGGCCCCCACCAUGCUCUGGGGGGGCCUGAUCCUGUUCGUCCUGCUGCGCGGGGCGCUGGGCGCAGGACACCCCCCCGGGAGCGCAGCGGCGGGCGAAGGCCGGCGGAGAGCUCGGGACACGUCACUGGGGACCGAGGGGACGCGCAUCAGCCAGGACAUGGUGGGGGGCACCUUGGCCAUCGACACGCUGCCGGCCAACGAGACGCGGAUCGUGGAGGACAACCACAGCUACUACGUGUCGCGGAUCUACGGGCCGGGGGACGCGCGGCUGAGGGGGCUGUGGGUGGACAUGGCAGCGGCCAACAGGAGCCAAGUGAAGAUCCACGGGAUCCUCUCCAACACGCACCGACAGGCCUCGAGAAUCAUCCUAUCCUUUGACUUCCCCUUCUAUGGCCACCUCCUGCGGCAGGUCACAAUAGCGACGGGCGGUUUUAUCUUCAUGGGGGACGUCAUCCACCGCAUGCUCACGGCCACCCAGUACAUCGCGCCGCUCAUGGCCAACUUCAACCCCAGCUACUCCCGCAACUCCACCGUCCAGUACCUGGACAACGGGACGGUUUUCGUGGUGCAGUGGGACAAGGUUUUUCUCCAGGGGAAGGAGGACACAGGCAGCUUCACCUUCCAGGCGGCGCUGCACAGCACCGGGAGAAUCGUCUUUGGGUACAAGGAGAUCCCCGUGCCCGUCCUGCAGAUCAGCGCCACCCAGCACCCUGUGAAAGCCGGGCUGUCUGAUGCCUUCAUGGUCCUCAACCCAUCGCCCGAUGUGCCCGAGUCCCGCCGUCGGACCAUUUACGAGUAUCACCGCGUGGAGCUGGACACCAGCAAGAUCACCAACAUGUCAGCCGUGGAGUUCACCCCACUGCCCACUUGUCUCCAGCACCAGAGCUGCGAAACGUGCGUGAGCUCCGAGCUGACCUUCAACUGCAGCUGGUGCCACGUCCUGCAGAGGUGUUCCAGCGGUUUCGACCGGUACCGCGAGGAGUGGUUGUCCUACGGCUGCGGCCAGCAGUCAGAUGAGAAGACGUGUGAGGAUUUAGCGGAAGGGUAUUCAGCACCUCCCGACGGCUCCUUCCCCCCACGGGAUGGGGACGUCCCCACUGCCACGUCCUCGCUCUUCGUGGACAAGCUCACCACGGAAGACGACACAAAGCUCAAUCAGUAUGCAGGAGGAGAAGGUGUGGGGAGCAGCCUUCCCUCCAAGCAAACGGGCACCCCGGUGCACACGGGCACCAUCGUGGGCAUCGUUCUGGCCGUGCUGCUCAUCGCCGUCAUCAUCCUCGCUGGGAUUUACAUCAACAGCCACCCCACCUCUGCCGCCGCCCUGUUCUUCAUCGAGCGAAGGCCACAUCGCUGGCCCGCCAUGAAAUUCCGGAAUCACACCAACCAGGCCACGUACGCCGAGGUGGAGCCGGCCAGCCAGGAGAAGGAGGGCUUUGUGGAAGCAGAACAGUGCUGAGCGCCUUUCCCCCCGCCUCUCGGGUCUCAAGCGUUGGAGUUGCUGUCAUUCUAUUGCAAAGUCUUUCCCCUCUUGGAAAACAAGCGAGUGGAGGAAAAAGACCCAAUCGGAGCAUUUGGAAAGGAUGAGUCGAGGCGAUGUGAGGCUGGACUUGCCUGGAUUCCUCAGGAGACAGCAGAGCCGGCGGUGGUGACGGCGGUGACACUGGACUCUGCCCUGCAUGUGGCGACAGGCAGAAAAGCGCAGUCAGUUUUUGUAGCUUGGGGUGGGGUGCUUUUGGUUUUGUGGUCGGGUGUUUCCUCCCUGUGUGUGGUUGGACUGUUCCCCCUCCACCGGGAGCCUCAACAGGGAGCACAUCUCGGUGCGGGUGCAAGAGGAGGAGGCUCUUGGGGACAGCAAAUUCGGUGCUUUUUGCUGCGUGCCGGGGUGUUGAGGUUGGCUCAUCAGCGCUCGCCUCCCUCCACCUCCUUUUGGGGCAAGUGCAUUGAAUUUUGUCAUCAAGGCUGAGAAGCCUUGAGCCCUUUUUUCCUCUUCCCGUCCUGCAGUUGUUCUUCCACCACCAUGGCUUCUCCUUUCCCAGCAGAAACAGAAACCUCCUCUAUUUUAAGGGCAAAACCCCUGCGGAGGAUUCACCUCCAGGAUGUUUGUGAGCCAGUGGCUCCGAUGCACUUUUUAGCAUCUAAUUAGUUUGCUAAAUUACUAACUAUGACCCUUGGCCCUAAAGGAGACAGAAUGUGAAAACAAAUUGUAGAUUUUUUCAAAAUAUAUCCUCAUGGUCUGGCUACAAAUCCAGGAGGAACAGAGCAGGAUGGGGAGAGAGCACUAGAGAGAACCCUUGUCCUCCCAUGGAUUAAUCCUGAUAUAAAUCUAAGCUUGUUUGUGGGCAUUUCCCAUCAAUUAGGAGCGAGGGCAAACAUUCCUCCACACCACUGAAAAAUCAACCUGGUAAACAUCAUUUUUAGAGCCUGCUCAAGCCAGUAGGAUCUUUCGCUAUUUUUUUAUGAUGUCUGUGAUAGGCCCCAUGUCUGGAUUUGUAUGUAAAUCAUGAUUCCAGAAUCUGACCCUCACUAAGGGCUUUGCCACUGGGCCCGUCAGGGUUCUCUACUCCUUCUGUGCAAGGAAAACUUGUCUAAAAGAAUUAAAAGAGAGUCCAAAGUCCAGUGUACAGUAAAGUUUUCUUUCCCCCACCAAAAAAGGUGGUGGUUGUAUGAGGCUUUUUUUUCCUUUACAUUUCCUCUUGAUCCUCAGUUAUUUAUUCUGAUAAUCAUGUUUGGUGCAUAUUUUAUCCCCUGGCUGGUUCAGCUGUCACCGAUGGUGAUUACUGCCAAAGGCAUGGUCUGUCUAAUUAAUGUUUUCCUUCUCAUCUGCUGAAUUUUUAUAGCCAUUAAAGAUAAAUAUGGAUGCUUUGUGGCAUUUAGACCCCAGAUUAUACUUUCUCCUACGUAGCCACUAGGGAGACUUUUGCUGCAUCUUAUUAUGGCGUAAAGGCACCAAAAUGCUCACGUAGGGUAAGUCAGACCAGUCGUGCCCAGUUGUUACAGCCCAGACGGUCUCUAUUUAAACAUAUUUUGAAGAUAAAGUUUAUUCCUAAAUAAAGCUUUUGACUGGUUGUUUUUUUCCCCCUGGUGCAUUGCUGGAUCUAAGGAGGAUCAGAUAUCGGGUGGAAAUAACAACAUCCAAGUGCUGGAGCAACAGAAAUGGUUGAGAUACAGAAAAUACUGCAGGAGAGAUGCCAAGUUCUGAGCGCCUGGAGGAAAAAAGGCUUUUCAGUUUGUAUUUUUCCUUCAAGGAAAGAAAGAAAAGCAAAGGGGCUAUUCUGUAGCGGCGCAAGAGAUGUUUGGUCUGCCUCCUACUGAGGAAUGGGGUUUGGGGUAUUGUCAGGUAGAGCGUUAACGGCUUCAAUUAAUCAUCUCUAAGAUGAUGGAGAAGUUACUGCCCAAAAUUGGGGGUCUGAAUUCCCCCGAAUCUCCUAUUGCCCCUGGAUCCUGUGGCUCAAGGAGGAGAAAAAGCCCAAUGUUCUGUCCUACCUUUUGACGUGAGCUCCGGGUGCUCGACCUUCACACCUGGGAAGCUCGUGAGUCAACAAGGAGCCUUUUUCUUCCUGAAUAUUCUUUGUAGUGGAAGAGGUUGGCUAUUAAAUUCCAGAAAGCACAACGGUAAUGUUGCUGAUGCCUAGAAAGACAAAAAUGGAUUUUCCAUCACCAAGAUGCCGAAGAGAAGAGUCUGGGCUCACGUAUAGUGCCGGCCGCACCAAGUUCAACGCAUCGGAUCAAUAUUCCCUUCCUACCUGUGCGACUCCGAACUUCAAGAUGCUGGUUAAUCUUGCGAGUCUCGAAGCAAGGACAUGGUGGUGGCAACUACAACAUAAAGAGUUUGAUUUCUGCUUUAAAUCAUGUGGCUUUUCCAGCCGCAUGCUGAGGUUUUUCCUCUGGAUUCUGACGAACCCAGCGCUUGCUUCAAGCAUCAUGUAUAUUGACCUGUAGAUUUUAACUUUAUAGCUAUCAAGGGGGUGUUUGCUGCGCUCAGUCCGGUGCUCAGAUGGUUAAAAGAUGCAAAACAACCGCUACGGCUCCUCAUUUCCAAGCCCUGUGUCCUGGCUGGUUGUGGCAACCACUGAACACGUCGUUUGGGUGUAAAAUAUGAGGAAAAAGACAUGGUGUAUCUGCUGCUUGGUCACUGGUCUGUGUUCAAUAGCUGGGAAAACACAGCGCGGGGUUUAUCAGACCAAGGAGAGGUUGGUUCUGCUCCUGCAAGAGUUGGGGGUCAAUCCCCCCCAUUUUUGACAUAACGGGGGCAGGACUCAGAUAAACAAUAAAUUCUUUUUAAGAACUAAAGGCCUACUUUCCACAUACUUGAAUUUACAGCACAGUUGGACUCUUUUGGGGGACUAAAGGCACUUUAUCUGUCUUUUAACGCCAUGUAUUUACUAUGGAUUAUCUGCAUGGAACACAGUCUUAAUAUUAAAAAAGAAAUCUUCCUUUUGGGUUGCUUUGUUUUCAAAAUAAACCACGCAAACUAUUA